GAUUAUCCCUCGUGAUCAUCGGAAUAUCUGCAGUAGUCUGUAUAAUAACAACGCUCUCUCUAUCAGCUAUAUGUACCAAUGGGGAAGUGAAAGGAGGAGGCAUUUACUACAUCAUAUCGAGAUCUCUUGGUCCAGAAUUCGGAGCUUCUGUUGGAAUUGUAUUCGCUUUCGCCAAUGCUGUUUCUGCCUCUAUGAACACAAUAGGGUUUUGUAAUUCGCUGAGCGAUUUAUUGAAACUGUAUCAUCUCAAAAUCAUCGAUGGUGACGUAAACGAUACGAGAAUAGUGGGUAUUAUUGCUAUUUUGGUUAUGAUUCUCAUAUGUGCAAUCGGAAUGGAAUGGGAAUCAAAAGCACAAAAUUUCCUAAUAGCAGCCAUAGUAGGGGCAAUGGCAGACUUCAUUGUCGGUUCAAUAAUAGGUCCUCUCGACCAAACACAACAGGCUCAAGGAUUCACUGGUUUCAAUUCAACCGUGUUCGCUGAAAACUGGGGGCCAAUGUUUAGACCUGAAGAAGGUAUGGACUACGACUUCUUCCAAGUUUUUGCCAUAUUCUUUCCAUCUGUGACUGGAAUACAGGCUGGAGCCAACAUAUCCGGUGAUUUGAAGGAUCCAGCUUCGGCGAUUCCAAAAGGCACUCUUUUGGCUCUUUUCAUAUCCAUGGUUUCGUAUGCACUUUUCGUAAUUUUCGCCGGAGGGACUGCCUUGAGAGAUGCCAGUGGUUCCAUCGAUGAUUUGACGAAUGGAACAUUGUCAGCAUGUGCUGUAGAUUACUCUUGUGAUUAUGGACUAUUUAAGAGCUAUCAGAUGAUGCAAAUAAUGUCCAGCUGGUGGCCCCUCAUCUAUGUCGGAUGCUUCGCCGCAACUCUUAGUACCGCACUGACGAAUCUUCUUUCUGUUCCAAGACUGAUCCAAGCUUUGGGUGUCGACAAAAUUUAUCCAGGGCUGAUAUAUUUUUCUAAAGGUUAUGGAAAAAACGGAGAACCAUAUCGGGGAUACGUUUUGACUUUUUUUGUGUCUUCGGCUUUUGUUCUGAUAGCACAACUCAAUGCCAUAGCUCCCUUGAUUUCAAAUUUUUAUUUGGCAUCAUACGCACUCAUUAAUUUCUGUACCUUUCACGCUGCUUUGAUCAAACCUUUGGGAUGGCGACCAACAUUCAGGUAUUACAACACAUGGCUGAGCCUCUGUGGAUUCAUUAUGUGUGUCGUUAUUAUGUUCUUGAUCAACUGGUGGUCGUCCUUGAUCACCUUUGGUAUCAUUUGGGGACUUUAUUUAUUGGUUGUCUACAGAAAGCCAGAUGUAAAUUGGGGAUCAUCGACUCAAGCUCAGACGUACAAAACGGCUCUCACUACGGCCCAGAGACUCAAUAAUAUAGGAGAACACGUGAAAACGUAUAAACCACAAAUUUUGGUUCUUUGUGGAAGUCCACAGACCAGACCGCAGUUGAUUGAUUUCGCCAACAUGAUCACAAAGAACAAUUCUCUUCUUUUGAUUGGCGACGUUGUGAAUGAACGCUUAUCUCACAGACUGAGGAUGAACAAAACGAACAAAGCUUAUGAUUAUCUCAGAAAUAACAAAAUCAAGGCAUUUCACACUAUUAUUGACAAUAUGCCGUUUGAAGUUGGAGCCAAGGCCUUGAUUCAGACAACCGGCAUUGGUAAACUCAGUCCGAACGUACUGAUGAUGGGAUAUAAAAAUAACUGGCAAACUUGUGACAAGGAAGAGUUACUGGCCUAUUUCAAUGUCUUACACGCGGCUUUCGAUCACAGAGUCUCAGUUGCCAUACUGAGAAUUAGUGAUGGCCUGGAUUAUAGCACACUAACUGAAGAAGUCGACGAUCAAGGUAACACUAAUGCGGACGUCACUUUGACACUACGCACUAUCAACGAAUUCAGAACAUCAGCUUCCAGUAACAUGAUGCAUGCAGAUUCAAAUUUGAGUCUCCAGAACGUUGGAAAUCCGGAGAGAAAUUCUAUAAGUGCAACUCCGAAAGGUCCUAAAAAGGUUCGGAAUAAAAAAAAAUAUCCUGGUCUGAAAGAUGUUCUUGGAAUGUCUCCUGAUCAACAACUUUCUAUUGAAAGGAUGAACUUCUUCAAACGGAAACAAGUAAAAGGUUUCAUAGAUGUUUGGUGGUUAUAUGACGAUGGAGGUUUGACAAUGUUGCUGCCUUACAUAAUUUCGACGAGAAAUGACUGGUCCUGUUGCAAACUCAGAGUUUUUGCUCUAGCCACCAACAAAAAUGAACUAGAAUUGGAAGAGAGGAAUAUGGCGCAUUUGCUGACAAAGUUUCGGCUGGACUAUUUCAGCCUGAAGAUGGUUUCGAUAAGUGAUAAACCUCAAAAUUCAACAGUGGAAUUCUUUGAUGAAUUGCUCACUCCUUUCCGUACGAAGGACGAAGUGGGAGAAAAUGAUUGCUUGGUUAAUGAAGCUGAAAUAUCAGCCUCACAAGAUAAAACUUUUAGGCAGCUCAGACUCAGAGAAUUGCUUUUAGAACAUUCCAGUGAUGCAAAUUUAAUCGUAAUGUCACUUCCGAUGCCUAGGAAAGGAACUAUAUCAGCGCCUUUGUAUAUGGCAUGGUUAGAAGUACUCACCAAAGACAUGCCACCUUACUUAUUAGUGAGGGGUAAUCAGCAGUCAGUAUUAACAUUUUAUUCUUGAACAGUUUUCCAGAACAAUUUUAUUUACCAAUACUCUUGUAAUUAUAAGGACUGUAAAAUGAAUGUAUUAUUAUUGUACUUAUUUCUAGGAUGAACUAUUCUGUAGUGUAAUAU